AACUUUCGAAAGCUGAUUGGGGGCAGAUGUUCGCAGGUAAAGGGACGGCUGGAAAGCUGAGGGGGAGCCUGCCCAGGUAAACAAAUGGCUGCCUUUCAGUCAUUCAUUGAUCAAUUGGACUUUAGUAGGGUAUAAGUGGGAUUUACACCCAUCUGGAGCAGGAAGUCCCACUUCAGCGAGAUGCUGGCCAAUUGGGUGACUGGCAGCUCUGGCGUCCUAUGUAUGCCAGGCUGUAAUGGUGAUCACUGCUGACACUACAGUCAGACCCCAAUGGAAACAUCAAUGGAGCUGAACCCUAAUUGGGUCAAUAUCACCAGGGUGAGGCUGGACCCAGUGAGAAGGGUGAUGAGCCAGUUUAAAUUGAGCAUAUGUAGAUAUGGGGUGGGCAUUGGGAGAAAGGGAGGUGUUGGGUAAAGGAGAAGUUGUGAAAUUGGGGGUUUAGUCUAAUUGGUACAGGGGAUUCCCAUUUAUCUCCACAUCUUGGCUGGCACCAAUGAAAGCUCCUGUGCUUCCUCCAUGCUAUGGAUCUCCCCUGCUACAGGUAUAAAACACUGGAGACUAUUAAUUGGCCACUUAAGGGCUUCAAUAAACCCAAGCUGGCAAGCCACUUGACAUUUGGACCACCCCCAGUAAAGUUUCAUCUAAGUCGAGGCAGUGGGAAGGCCACAUGCUGGAUUUUACAAACACCCACCCACCAGUGGGAUGUCUAAACUCCAGUCACAUAGAACCUGAGCGGAACAAUAAAAAUUGUACUGAGUAGAACUAAAGAAGGCUGACAUUGAACUUGGCAGUGGGGAAUGUUAAUUGUCAUCUAUGAGACUAAUCCUGACUGUUGUUCAGAUCUCACUGCAUUCAAUGUGGAUUGCUUCAUGGUGGUCAAAUGUUCUCUUGAUGUCAAAGGUUGUAUUCUCACAUCUCUUAGAAAUCUGAAAACCAGAUGUUUUGUAAAACUAAUGUGGAGAAAGUGAGGACUGCAGAUGCUGGAGAUCAGAAUCGAGAGUGUGUUGCUGGGAAAGCACAGCAGGUCAGGCAGCAUCCGAGGAGCAGGAGAAUCGAUGUUUCGGGCAUAAGCCCUUCCUCACCAAAACCAAUGUGGGAACAGCUGCAGAUCAGAUAUCUCCUCCUGACUAUCUUCGCUGCUUGUAUUGGUGGCACCUUCCAAUACGGGUUUAACCUGACAAUCAUCAAUGCACCAACAACUUUUAUCCAAAGUUUUAUCAAUGAGACUUGGAUUGAGCGCUAUGGCACAACACUGGAGAGCUGGGUCAUCACACUGCUCUGGACCUUUAUCGUGGCUGGUUAUUCCAUUGGAGGAUUGGUCGGGGCACUUAUUGCUGGACCCAUGGCCGUAAGGUUUGGAAGGAGAAAUUCACUUUUGCUAAGCAAUAUUUUCAUACUCAUUGGGGCUUUGCUAAUGGUUCUGAGCAGAACAGCAACAUGCUUUGAGUUGAUCAUAGUCGGGAGGUUCUUUUAUGGAGUAAACUCAGGUGUGGGAUUGAACAUUAACCCCAUGUAUCUUGGUGAGAGUGCACCAAAGGAAAUCCGGGGCAUGGUGGCCUUGUCAUUUGCUCCGUUCACUGCAGCUGGAUUAGUGCUCGGCCAAACCAUUGGACUCAGGGAGAUCUUGGGCAAUGAAGACUUGUGGCCUCUACUGCUGGCAUCCAGUGCAGCUCCAGCUAUAAUCCAACUCAUGACUCUGCCAUGGUGUCCAGAAAGCCCCAGGUACUUGCUGAUUGACAGGGAGGACAAGAACAUGUGCAUGAAGGCAUUGAGGAAAUUACGUGGAGAGAUCAAUUUCAAUGCCGAAAUGGAUGAAAUGCUAGAGGAGCAAAAAGCGCUUGAAGGUCAAAGAUCAAAGAAAUUGUGGGAUCUGUUCCGAGACCGCUCUGUCCAACGGCAAUUGAUCAUCACGUUUGUGCUGGGUAGUGCCAUGCAGUUAUGUGGGAAUGAUGCUACAUAUACAUAUGCUGUGUAUAUAUUUAAUGCUGCUGGAAUUCCUAAAGAAAAGAUUCAAUAUGCCACAAUUGGAACAGGGUGCUGUGAGUUUACCACUUCACUAACAAGUAACCUAUUUAUUGACCGGCUUGGGCGCAGAAAACUGCUCAUAGGAGGCUACAGUUUGAUGGUUGGUUCGGGAAUAUUGUUCAGCAUCUCACUGACUCUCCAGGACAAGAUUCGCUGGAUGCCAUACUUGAGCAUGGCUUGCAUCUUUGCGUCUAUUCUAAGCUUUGGAAUUGGGCCAGCUGGAGUGACCGGAGUCAUACCAAUGGAGAUCUUUGACCAAACUGCAAGGCCCGCGGCCUACAUGAUCAAUGGCUCCCUGCUCUGGAUAAACCUUACUAUUGUUGGCAUGCUUUUCCCAUUCAUUGUUGAAGGACUGGGCAGUUUCUGUUACGUCCCAUUUUUUUCCAUCAGCUUCCUCGCUGCUUUGUUCAUUGGGUUCUUUCUGCCAGAAACGAAAGGAAAGACUCUUCUGGAAAUUUCUCAGGAGUUUCACAAAUGCAAUUUCAAGACUCAGCUGGAACAGACCGAAACAAAAUUGUGAAAGAAUUGAUAAACUCGUUAUCAAAGUU